AUGGAUAUGUCAGGCUUCCAACUCGAUGGCAUAAAUGACAUGGACAUGUUAAGGUCUCUUUCCAACAGACACUCCCAGGAUCAAGAUCAAUCAAUCAAUAUGGACGAGUCCUCUUCAUUCGAUCAUUUCUCAAAAGACAUUGACCUCCUUUUCCAAACCUCCCACGCCAGUGCACCCACUGACCUUAAUUCAUUUCUCUCGCCUUACCAAUCCACAGCAAAUACUCCGCAAAAGCUGAUCAUAACCUCCACACAUAUGUCUCCUCUCUAUCCACAUCCUCAUCUAUCUUCUAACCCUGUCAGUCAAGAAUUCAUGGACCAAGAUGACAUAUUUACCCCUCUUGUAUCUCCCGCCAUGACGCCCUCUUUUACCUACCAGUUGCCCCAGAAACACCACCCGAACAUUCCCCUAACCACAGAGAUGGACUUUUCUCCUCUUUCGUCCCCAGCGAUCAUGCCCCAACUGGAUAGGCAACACAGUCGGGAUACUUCCGGAAAUCCUAUAUUUGGGUCUCAGUUCUCAGCUACAUUUGAUAAAAUGUCCUCGACUCAAAUAUGCGAACAAUACGAACAAUUGGAGCAAGCCAAGAUUAUGAUCACCCGGAAGUUGUCUGAAUUGCAACAGAAACAGCAACAACACUUGCAGCAGAAGCAGCAGCAAAUACUACAGCAACAACAACAAUUGCAGCAGCAACACCAACUACAAAUUCAAAAGCAACAGCAGGCUCAGAAAAAGGCUCAAAUGCAAGUUGUCUUUUCUCAAACUGUUCAACUUCCUCCAAGUUAUACUGAAGCCACAAGCCCUACAACAAUGGCUUACACUAUGCAGAGCUUCCAGCCGGCCGUGGUUCCUGAAAAACCGAGUCACCUUGAGCCUGUAACGCCAGCAUCUUUAAUGAAUAUGAAAAUGCAAUCUCUCAGCAUACCACCCAAACGGCUUGCGAGCACAAAUCAGCCUCCUGCGUUUGCACCGAUCCUGACUUCCCAGAUAGAGCCAGUUGUAGCAUUGUCACACUCACUCUCGGACAGCUCGACCCAAAGCCUUGUUCUCACUCCUACCGACACUCCAAAGACGCCGCCACGUUCCUUGUCGGCAAAGACUACUAGGGGCUCGACAGCAAACUCUGCGGGUCACAAGAAAAUAUCAUCGACACAUGCUUCAGAUGCAGCACCCAGGCCUGUGUCCAAAAAACAGCGCCGAGAGUCCACGCUUACUCACACAGAUACCAAAUCCCUGAUCUCUCCUUCACCACGUGCACUCAAGCCACUCUUACUUAGUCCCACCCUUACGGCUGGUCUGGAGUCGAGUCCGACCCGGUUGAAUGCCGAGCGCAUAUUGGCUACUCGAUCAAAUUACCAAAACCUAAUGGAAGGCAAAGCUGCCGCGCUAGGUAUCGCGUUUAUGCCACACAUCAAGAGUGGUAUCGAAGUCCGUCGGACAGCACACAAAGCUGCCGAGCAGAAGCGUCGCGACUCUCUCAAAGAAUGGUUUGAGCGGCUACGUCGGGAAGUCGAAGAUGGUUAUGUGAAGAAGAAAUCUGGGUUGGCGUCAAUUGUGAUUCGUGAACAAGAAAGGGAGGCUAGAGGAGAAAUUGAGGACACAAGUGGUGGAGAGAGCUCCAAGACCAGACAGAGUAGUGCGGAUGAAGCUGACCAUUCUGAAGGAGCCGAUGAGUCAGAUGCAGUACUAAAGCCGUUGUCCAAAGUACUUUUAUUACGAUAUGCCUAUGAAUAUAUCUCGACACUCAAGACAAGUGUUUCGAAUAGAGAUCUUCGUAUACUCGAACUCGAGGAAGAGAAUGCCAGACUUCGACAGGGAUCAGCAUCCAAAGAGAGCUCUCCCCCAGAAUCUCCUUACACCGCCUAA